CCCCCGGCCCCUGGGAAAUGAGAUAAAAGCACAGGACUGGGGAGCAGCUUGGUGCUCUCUGUUUGUGCUAUCAGCUAGGCUCUCCCCAUGGCCUCUCCCAGGCAGAGCCGAGGGGCAGGACCCCCGGACUCCAGGGACAUUGGUGCCCUACGGCUGAAAAUGAUGCUCUGUGGUGAGAGGGAAGGGGCCGUGGCCACGGCCCCGAGUUCUACCACCUGCAUAGCUGCCGCUGCCAGCGGGCUGUGGUGCAAAGCCUUCCUGGUGCUGGCCGUCUGCCUGUUUGCCACUGCUCUCCCAUACAGCCUGGGGUCUCUGGCUGCUCUGCCCCGGCCCCCCCCGGGCUCCCUGCCUCCUUCCCGUGCUCGGCCAGGCUCGCCAGCCUCCCAGCCAGGGACAGGUGAUGAUCUGGUGGCCACACGUGGGGACCUGCUCAACGAACCGGCAAUGCGGUGGCGUGGGAGCGUGCCGACGGACUCUGCAGGUACCCCAGGUUGCUUCCUGGGGGUGAAAGGAGACGUGACCCGUGGUACAGAUGCUGAGGGAUGGAGUCCAGGGAUGCCGACAGCAGCUGCUGCCUCUCCCUCGACGGCUCGGACCUCACCAGAGCGGCAGCAUGGAUCCAGGGACGCAAAAGGGCUCAGGAUGGGCACGAGAGCGGCUGUGACACUGUCCCCUGCGCGGUGGCUUGGCACAGGGGUCCCUGCUACCUCAGCUCGGCUCCUCCAGACCACAGGCGACCCCAGUCCUGUCUUCCAGCAUCACCUUGCUCUAGGAAGCCCCCGUGGCACGGGACCAGGCUCCCGCGAUGUGACGCCGGUGCCUGCCGUGACCUUGGCCCGUGGCAUCGGGCAGCUAGCGGGCAUGGCAGAGCCCCGGGGGUCUGCAGGGGCUGCGUUGCUGGAGGUGGUGCCCACCCAGCUGGUCUCACCUGAGGGGGCUGCUGGGGGGGCUCACGGCCCAUCUGAUGCCCCAGCACGUGCAGGGUCAGCAUGGGUGCUGACAGGUACUCCCUCCCAGAGCCACGGCAGAGCCGACCAGCCUGGAGGUGACCAAAUGCUGGCCCUUGGGGCAUCCCCUGACCGUUGGACCCACAGAGCAGAUCUCAGCCUGGCUUCAAGCUCUAAGCCUCCUGCUGUGGCCACAGCCGGGAAUUUGCCUUUUUGGGCCAGAGUUGUGACAGCAGCGCAGGCUCCCAGCAGCAUGCCUGCAUCUGAUGAGUCUGCAGCCAGUGGCUUCUCUGAUGUCCAGCAUGGAGCUUUAGUUGCCAAAGCCACGAUGAGGAGCCAUGAUGGGCAGAAGAAAGCGGAGAGACCAAGCCCUGGCCUGCCUGACCUUGGUAUGGGUGAGGACUGCACUGCUGUUCCUCACCCAGUGCCCCUUCCAGGGCUGCCCUCAGCUCUGCCAACAGAAAGGACAUCCAGCUCGAGCGAAACGCAUACUGGCGCUGUGUGGGUAACCUCUGCUGUGACACCCGAGGUGCUCUGGGACACACGGCCUGCUGGCACCUUCCCGCAUGGCAAAGCUGCUCUGCUGGUGGACACCGUCUUGGCCAAGGUCCCAGAAAAUGGGUCUGGACUUCUGGCCACUGUCUUGGCAUCACUUCCCAGUGCUGCAUUGGCUCAAGAUGUCAACCACCCACAAGCGCUGGCUCCCUUCCUUCCUACAGCGGAGUCCGGGGGACCUGCUGUCACCUCAGGGAGACCAAGUGAUCGGUCUUCCCCCCCUGCAAGGCAGACUCUGCUGACAUCCACUGAAGCCCACCCUUCCCCUGCUCGGACCAGGGCCCCCAGCGCUGGAGGUCCCCCUGUGACGGGGCUGAGCUCGGCAGCCUCUGAUACCGUCCCAGAACCUGGAGCGACCAAAGCCUCCUAUGAGGAUGGAGCUGUUAUGGUGGCUUCCCCUUCUCCAAGAGCUGCAGGUGUGACACAUGGCUUCUCCCUGGGGUCACGUACCCAGAGGCCAUCUCUGCAUCUGGAUCCGUCCCUUGUGACAGCAUCUGAGGAUGGACCCACUGCAAGCCGAUGCCAGGCCAUGAAGGUGGCAGAGAUGACUGUGCUGCCUGGACCGGUGGCUGUGGCAGAAGAAGCCGGGCACAGUGAGCCCCGGACAGCAUCGGUAGGAGCCACCGCUGCUCCAGCAGGACCUCCAGGGCCCACCCAUGCCAGCCCAGGCUCUGUGCCUCUUCCCAGCUCCAAGAACCCUGCUCCGGGGCGUUGCUCUGAGGCCGUGCACCACACCGGCACCACAACCUUGCCAUCUCCAUCCUACCUGCUGACUUCCACCGGAGCUGUGCGUGCAGCCGGCUCCCUGCCCAGCUCUUGGACCCUCGCUGCACCAUCAGGAGUGACCCUUGAUGUUCAGUCUGUGUCCCGUCACUCUGUCACCUCCCAGCAUCUCCCUGCAGCUGCCAGAGAGACCUUCACCCCAGCUGAGCUGAUGACGAUGGGCAAACCUGGGUCCUCAGGGGCAAAGCCCCCUGCAUCCCACCCCCCCGGGCUCCCCUCUCCUGCACAGCCUCUGCCUGCGCACGUGCUGCCUUUGCGGUUCCGGCUCUUGGGCAUCGCUUAUGCCGAGGCUCUGAGCAGCAGGGCUUCGGAGAGCUACAGGGAGCUGGAGGAAGAAGUGAGGCUGAUGCUAAAUCAAAUGCUGUCCACCUAUGAGACCUUCCUGCAGGCAAAUGUCCUUGAGUUUAUGAACGGCUCGGUGGUUGUGCGAGGGGAAGCUCUGUUCAGGGGGGAUGCUCCUGCUCCCACCAACUCCCACCUCAUCCGGACGGUCGUCACGGAGGCAAGCAAGGGAAGGAGCAUCUUCAGCUGGCAACUGGAGCCACAAUCUGUCCAGUCCAGUGGCUUCAACUUGGAGAGCCUGGAGCCGGAGAAGCUGUCCAUCUCUCUCACUGCCCUCCAGCUUGGGAGCAGCAGGACAAACUCCCUGGAGAGGCUGAUCAGCAAGGUGACUCAGUCUCUCGAUGCCCUCUACCGUGUGAGGAACUUCACUGUUGCCCAGCUCAGAAACCUCGGUGGGGACCUGGAGAUUGCUGGAGACCUCUACCUUGACACAGUCAUCCAUGCCGACGUUGCAGAGGUUCUGCAGGCCUUGACAGCUCUGGCAACCUGCUCCGUGGACCUGACCUCCCUCUCGGUGGAGGGAGCCAGGCUUCACCUACGGGUUUACCCGGUCUCCUUCCUCAUCACCAACAGACGCUUCAGUGAGGACCUUCUGGAUCCACUUGCUAUAGAGCACCAGGAGCUCACCAGAGACCUUGAGGAUGUGGUGGCGAGAGCCGUGAGGGACCACAGGAGCUUCCUGCAAGUGGUGAUAAGAGGAUUCCUGCCUGGCUCCUUGAUCUGCCAUGGGGACGUGGUCUUCCAGCACCCUGCUCCAACCAGCCUGGAAGUUUUGGAGGCACUCGUGCUCUCAAUUAGGCCAAACAAGACUUUGGCUGGUUCAGACUUCCAGGUGGACCCAUACUCUCUUGCUGUGGGAGAGGACACUCUGCAGCCUCCCCUGCCCCAACCAGGCUUUCCUGAGUAUGGCGUGGCUAUCGUCAUCGUGUGCGGCCUCUGCAUCAUUACUGCUCUGGUCAUCGUGCUGGUGUGUCUGAGGACCAGGAUGUUCAGCUGGUGGGAUGUGGCAGCCCUCUGGGACAGAAGCUACUCUGAAGCAAGGACCCAAACCCUGGAAAUGGAUAACCGAGGGAUCUGGUCACCCUCUGAACAGGCGAGUGGCCUCUACGCUCCCUGGAAUUAGUUUCUGUGCCUUGGAGCUGGAGCUUUGAAGCACAGCUGGUGUUCCUGCAGGUCACAGGUCCCUGUUGUACCUGGUGAUGGUCCUGGGCAAUGCCAGGAGUUGGAGAAACCCCUGGGGGGCUGGAGGGAAGGAGACUUCGCUCCCUGCCCUUGCUGGAGGUGGGCAUGGUGACUUGUCCCCCUCUCACCCGCAGGCCCCUGAGGAUGCUCAAACAAGCUUGCAAAACAGUGCUGCUUGAUGAGAAGAUGCAGCUGAUCGGGGGGAGCCUGA